CGAUGACUUAAGCUUGAUUCACGCUGUCAUAGGAGGGGACGAAUCUAAGCGGAGCACAGUUCGCGUCCAAGGUAGCUUAUCCGAGAAACUCUGAGGGAUUUGAUGACACAACUCCGUGGGUGUUAACUGGUUAUUCGGCCGGACGAGCCUUCCACCACAUGCGCUGACACGACCCGACUUUGUCCACUCAUCCCGGCGGAGGACUCGGUGGUUACUCGGCGGGUUCGAGACGUCGUGGUAGCACACACGGGAAGAUGUUGCUGAAGGAGUACAGGAUAUGCAUGCCGCUGACUGUGGAGGAGUACCGGAUCGGGCAGCUGUACAUGAUCAGCAAGCACAGUCAUGAGCAGAGCGACCGUGGAGAAGGAGUGGAGGUGAUCUCGAAUGAACCCUACACUGACCCAACGCACGGCCCGGGGCAGUUCACUGAGAAACGAGUCUUUCUCAACAGUAAAUUACCCAGCUGGGCUCAAGCAGUGGUACCUAAGAUCUUCUAUGUAACGGAGAAGGCCUGGAACUAUUACCCUUACACCAUCACAGUAAUUGUUUUGCUUUAUUUUUUUUACAUGGUCGCUCUCAUCGCAACCUCUCCUGAAGAGUACACAUGCUCAUUCCUGCCCAAGUUCUCCAUCCACAUAGUGACAAAAUAUGAAGACAACAAUGGAUGCAACGACAACAUCUUCGGAACCGAGCUGAAGGAUCAGGAGAGGGAGGUGUGUUUCGUUGACAUUGCUUACGAUGAGAUACCAGAGCGUUACUAUAAAGAGUCAGAGGACCUGAGGCACUUCAAGUCUGAGAAGACGUCUCGGGGAAACCUGCAGGAUGGAUGGCGGGAAACCCAAAACCCCAUUAUGUGCUCAUACAAGCUGGUCACGGUCAAGUUUGAGGUCUGGGGUCUGCAGACGCGUGUGGAGCAGUUUGUGCACAAGGUGAUCCGGGAUGUGCUGCUGCUAGGACACAGGCAGGCCUUUGCCUGGGUGGACGAGUGGAUCGACAUGACAAUGGACGAGGUGAGAGAUUUUGAACGCACGAUCCAGGAGGCCACCAACCAGAAGAUUGGUGUGUUUCCUCCGUCCAUCUCCAUCAGUGAUUCCCUGCCGUCCACCUGCGCCCUCACGGGCCCCGCCAGCGCCCCCUCCACACCCUUGUGCAUCGACGCUCCAGAGUCCCUCAACGUCCCCAAGGACCGACCUCGCAAAAAGUCGGCUCCGGAAACCUUAACCCUUCCUGACCCGGUCCAGAACAGUGAAGCUUUGGACUGCGACGCGGACCAGCUGACUGAUUCUCACGCUGUACAAUCUUCCACCUUCAAUUCCUCCAACCCUGACCUGGUGGGAGGAGAGUAGUGGCUCUUCCAAACACUUCUCUUUUUUUUUUUUUUUUUUCUAUCCUCCUUCCCCUUCAAUUGCACACAGAUGUCAAUUUGCGGUCACAUUUCCUUCCUCAGUUUAAAAACCAACCCUGUCAACUUCCUCUUUUUUUCCUUUCGUGCUUGUUGGUUUUCAAGCGAAGAUAACACGCCCCUUCUUUUGUAGAACCUGUGUGUGAGAUUUUGUUCCCGGGAAUAACAAGAUGAAGCAAGUCAUUGAACAAACAAGCUCCAUCAUUCUUGUCCAUGUUGCGCUCAACCCGCCAGUCACACUCUGAAACACGAAUGAACAACGCUCUUGUUUAGACCGACUUAUCGCAGCUUCCCAGGAACGUUAGACAGAAUUCCCCAUUAGCUUUCUACCUCGUCCUGGCUAGUCAGGUUUCGGCUUGCAAGACAAGAGAAACCGCGAGGAACGUGCUCAGAGCACCAAGUCUUGAAUACAGUUCUAUGCUUAGACUAUCAUUUGCAUCUAUGAAUGAAAUAUACGCGCCACAUCUUUGACCUGGUGAGUUUAUUUGAACAUGAGCAGACAGGUUUGUGACACAAAUAAGUACAAUCACAACAAAAUCCUCAGGUCACAGACGUCUGACGACAUCAGCAUUUUUUUUUUCCUUUUAUAUUUUGUCAUCAUACAGAAGAACGUUUUACAAUAUCAUCCGGGAAUGUUUACUCUUCCAAGAACCUUAAUAAACGCCUCGCAGGCGGUCGAUGGAGUCUUAGCAUGACAACUAACUGGUGGUUGAAAAGAAGAAAAAAAAAUCCACUGUUGCCUGAUACCAAUGCUGGACAUCAUCUGAAGUUUAGGAAGCUUUUAUCACACCUGGAAUUCAGAGAAGGACGUCUAUUGCUUGAACCUCAUUCAUCCAGUGGUGUGUUCCAUCUGCUGCAUGGACAUAAUGUGAAAGUAAUAUAUAUCUGAUGGACGCCUGGGUGCGUUUAGUUUCCUGGAUUCUUCUAGAAGCUCAUGUCAGUGUAAGCAUGCUCUGCAUUAUUGUUCCUUUCAGCUCAGUGCCUCUGCAUGCUUCCUUCGUCGAUAUUUACGGAACGUCCUCUCCUCAUGCAGAUGCUGACCAAUAGCUUGAGUUUAUAUAUAUAUAUAUAUUUAUAUAUAUAUAUCCGCGACACCACACUUUUCAGGGUUAAUAAACUUCAGGAAAUGACCUUUUAAAACCCUUGUUCGACCUCUGAAAUGCACUUUUUUGACACCUCUUCUGACAAUGAAGGAAUGUGUUGUAUGAACGAGUGAAUGACAAUUUUAUGAAUAAUCGGACCCAAAAUAGCUUAGUGUUCUCGCCAUGAAACAUGAACAUUCUGUACAGUUUCUCACCUGCGUUUGUUGGAGUACUAACUGUAGCUUUGACAGUUGAGAAUUGACAUGUCUAAGUCUGUACCAUACUGGUCUGCUCUGUUUAAAAGAGUAUUAUCUUAGCUAUUGUACAUAAAGUGUUGUCAUUGACUGAUAUGAUUCUAAAAUAUUUUAGUUGGAGUGUCAAAUCAUUAGAAGGCCUUUGGUGGAAUAGAAGUUGUCUGGACGUGGUGGUGCACUUUUGACGUGCCAAGUCAGUAUGUGUAUGUUCUCUUAAGUGGGGUGGCUUUUUGGGCUUGUUCUCGCCACGUAAACUUGGAUAAGCUGUUUUUUUUUUUUGUAGCGAACUUGUUGAGCUGCCUGUUGCUUUAGUGUGUUAUUUCUUUGUAAUGAAGGACCAAUCCUUGCAUUCCGACAGUAAUCUCACUUCCCACAUUCUAAAUGUCUUUCUUUGCUAUGCUAUACUUUUGAUUGAAUUUCUUUUGUUUACUUUCUGAAUUGGAUAAAAUAAAUUUUGCUACA